UCUGUCACUGUCAAACUCAAAACUUGCUCGACCUCGAAAUCGAAAACCGAAAAGAGCUUGGAGUUGGAUUCGAAGGUAUUUUCCAAGAUUUAUAAGAGGUUAUUGAAGAAUCAAAAGUGGUGUUUAUGUUUAUAGAGGCUUAUAUUAGUGUCAAAAACACAAAUAGUGCAAACCUGAAUCAAGAAUCAGUCAGUUGCUAUUGGAAUGUACUAACUACUAAACAUGGGUGGUGGAGACUUGAAUACGAAGAAAGCUUGGCAUCCAAGUACAUUGAAAAAUCAAGAGCGAGUAUGGAAGGCAGAACAGGCUGCAGCGGAGGAGCAGAAACGGAUACUGGAGUUGCAAAGAGAGCGGGCUCAGGAAAGAGACCGGGAGGAUUUGAACAAGUUGGCAAGACAAAACUCUGAUGCUGCUGCUGGGACCAGUGAUAAUCGACUGUCUUGGAUGUAUGAUCAAAAACCAGACAAAAGAGCACAACAAGAAGAUUAUCUGCUGGGUAAAGUCAUAGACAAAAAUUAUGACAAUGCUGGUAAAACAGAACAAAAUGAGAUACCAGCCAUUUCUCGCAGAGUUGUAGGUUCCAGUAUGAUUACAUCAGGAGGUGAUACACAAGUGGAUCUGACGAGGAAGCUCCGAGAAGAUCCUUUGCUGUUAGUCAAGGAAAGAGAGAGGGCUGCACGAGCUGCUUUAUUGAACAAUCCUGUUCAGAGAAAGAAACUUACUGAACUAUUAAGAAAAGAACAGGAGCAAAAAAAUAAAAAGAAAUCUGAAAAGAAAUCAAAAAAGAAAAAGUCAGAUCUUGAUGAUUUGUUGGCAGCAAAGUUAAGUGCUUUAGGUGGUGAGAAAGGUAUGAAUAUUGCAAAAUUACUUGAAUCUUCUAAUGAGUCUUCAUCAGAUAGCUGUUCAGAAGAAGAGAAAUCCAAGAAGAAAAAGAAAAAAAAGAAAAGCAAAUCUAAAAAACAUAGACGAGAUGAUUCAAACUCACCAGUUAGAAGUAAAAAAUCAAAAAAAUCCAAGCUGCCAAAUAAGAAUCAAGAUGAUGAUAGUGAAACUGAAGUUGAAAAUCCCAAGGAAUCUCAAAGAAUAAAAACAAAAUCCAAUACAGAUAAAUAUGACAGUGAUGAUAAUCGUGUUUCUAAAAAAAAGAACAAGAGAAAUUAUGGUCAUAACAGUAAUAGCACUGAAAGACAGCACAAACAUUAUAGUGAAUCUAAACCCGAUUGGAAUGAAAUUAAACAUCACGGACGCGGCGAUACGAGCCCUGAUCUAAAAGAAAGAAGUAAUGUAAGAUAUAGAGAAUCAUACCCAGAUCGAAAAGAAAGAAACCAACAAAGGAUUAUUAGUGAAUCUAGUCCUGAUAGAAAAGGAAGAAAGCAACAAAGACAUAGUGAAUCAAGUCCAGAUCGAAAACAAAAAAAACAAGAAAAACGUUAUAAUGAAUCAAGCCCUAAUCGAAAAAAAGGGAAAAAACAAAGGCAUUCUAGUGAUUCAAGUCCUGAUCGAAAAGAAAGAAAACAACAAAAGCAUUUUAGAGAAUCAAGCCCUGAUCGGAAAGAAAGAAAGCAUCCAAGACAUAAUGGGUCUAGUCCUGAUCGAGAACGAAAUCAACAAAGGCAUUAUAGAGAAUCAAGCCCUGAUUGGAAAGUAAGAAAGGAACGAAGACAUGAUAGUUCUAGUCCUGAUCAACAAGAGAUAAAUGAACAUGAAAGGUAUUACAGAGAGUCAAGUGGUGAUCGAAAAGAAAGAAAGGAACAAAUACAUUAUGAAAGAUAUUAUAAAGAACCUAAUCCUGAUGGUAAUGAAGGAAGGCCACAAGAACAUAGACAACUGAGCAGUGACCGGACAAUUGCAAGACAAAAUUCAGAAAUUCGUAAAAAAGAAGGAUAUAGACAAGAAAAUAGACGACCAGGACUUAGUGAAGAGGAGAAAGCUGCCAAGUUAGCAGAAAUGGCUGCAGCAGGCGCAGAACGAGAGAUUCAGAGAGGCAGACGAGUAGCUGCACAGUUGGCAGAAAACGCUAGUGCAGAAAGUUCCGUACCGCGUCAUUCAUCUAGAAACGAAGCCCGCGUGUUACCAGAUUCACUUGAAAGUAGAAUCCAUUCAAAUAGACAUUAUAUUCAACGCGAUAAGAGGCACAUGAAUGAACAUUUCGCAAGGCGAUAAAAUGUAAAUACUCAAUGUAUUUAUUUACUUAAUAUAAGGGAAGUAAAAUAAAAAAAUUAAAUAUU